AUGAACGAUGGCAAAAAUGACAAUGAUGAAUACCAUGAGUUCCAUGAGGACGAAGCAAUACACAAGUAUGUAGAAAUGCUGAACAACAUGGACACAAUCUGGAAAGACAGACACAAAGUGAUGAACAAACACUUUGGAGAGUUAUACAUCUACAACAUAGAUGACCUGGAGGACAAGUCUGCAACAAUCAAAAGACUCAUCAAUAGAGAAGUAUCGUAUCCAAAUGCGUUUCUUGCAUCCUCUUUGGGGUUCAAUAAGAAUACAUGGAACAGAGAGUACGAAAGGAUACUGAGAGAGAUUGGAAUGGACAAGCGCCCAGUGCAUACAACCUUAAGAACGAUGCUAUUGUUUGAAAAGCUCAAAUGGCUGGUUGUAUCGUACCAUGAAAUGAAGAGCAAAAGAAGAGGCUAG